CCCAUUUCAUUCCCAAACCAUCAACUCUCAUCUUCCAUUUUCCAAACAAACCUUUAACCAAAAUCUCGUUAAUUAAAAAGCCAACGGUCAACCCUAACAAUAAUCAUGGAUAAUUAUGAUCAUCAACAAGAAAUCGAAGUUCCACCCUUUUUUCUAUGCCCAAUUUCCUUACAAAUCAUGAAAGAUCCAAUCACUAUAUCAACUGGAAUUACAUAUGAUCGUGAAAGUAUAGAAACGUGGGUAUUCAUUAAUAAAAAUACUACAUGUCCCGUAACCAAACAAGCCCUUAACAUAGAUGAAAAUAAUGACACUUUUUUAACACCUAAUCAUACACUUAGAAGACUAAUUCAAUCUUGGUGUACUCUCAAUGCUUCUUAUGGUAUUGAACGUUUUCCUACUCCUAAACCACCUAUAACAAAAUCCCAAAUUUUAAAACUCAUUAAUGACGCUUCUAGUUCAUCCUCACAAAGUGUCAUUAAAGUUGUUCUUGAGAAAAUUAAGGGUAUUUCUUUACAAAGUAGUGGUAAUAAGCGUUGUUUAGAAAGUACUCCUGGUUUGGGCGAGUUUCUUGCUGAGGUGAUGAUUAAGUACGGUGAAAAUCAAAAGUGUAGCAACUGUAUCAGCGAGGAAGCGUUGAGUAUUUUGGUGAAUUUGCAAAUGUCUAAUGAAAUGAGUUUGAGAAAGAUAGUUAAUGAGAAUGAAGGGAGAUUUGUUGAUUGUUUGGUGAAAAUAAUGCAAAAGGGUAGUUAUGAAUCAAGGGCUUAUGCUAUAGAGAUGAUGAAACAAGUGUUACAGGUAGUCGACCCAGUAAAAGUUGUCUCACUUAAACGCGAACAUUUUGAAGAGAUUAUACAAAUAGUUAAGGAUGAUAUCUCCCCUAAAGCAACCAAGGCCGCAUUGAAAGUGCUGGCCUUGGCUUGCCCUUGGGGGAGGAACAGAAUUAGGGUUUGUGAAGCUGGUGGGGUUGUAGUAAUGGUGAAUGAGUUAAUGGAGUGUAAGGAUAGGCGGACGAGUGAGACAAUUCUUGCUGUAUUGGAUUGUGUAAGUGGGUGUGCUGAAGGGAGAGCUGAAUUGUUAGGGCAUGCAGGAGGUUUGGCGGUUGUGUCUAAAAAGAUACUUAGAGUGUCUCAUUUUGCGACUGAAAAAGGGGUGAAAAUUUUAUAUGCAAUUUCCAAGUUUUCUGGAAGUCCGAGUGUGGUGCAAGAGAUGUUACAGAUUGGGGUGGUUACUAAGUUGUGUUUGGUUUUACAAGUAGAUUGUGAAGCUAAGACUAAGGAAAAGGCUAGGGAGAUUUUGAAGUUGCAUGUUAGGGCUUGGUCGAAUUCUCCUUGUGCUCCUGCUCAUGUUUUUCAUUCUUUUAAGUAGAUGGAAUGCCAUGAUUUGCGGUCUUCACACAUUUUCAGAUUAUGAUCAUGACUUUUUUAAACACGAUAUACUGGUUAUGAUCUUUAAUUAUAUAGUUUGUUAGUGUAGAAAGUAAUUACUUAAGGUGGGAUGUUAGUAAAUGAUUAUUUUUUACGUGUACAUAGUAGAUGAAACAUGAAUUGUAGCUAUAGAAACAUUCGAUAGAGUUAUUGGAGCAACUUAUUUUAGACUCUCAAUUCUUUUGAAGCAUCAAAAAUUUUGUCCACACUCCAUGCUUGGGGUAUAUAAUACAACUUUUAGAAAUUUUCAAUUA